AUGAAGUGGUUUUUGUUAAUUACACACCUGUCCGUGGCUUUGGCUGGGGCUGGUCGGAGGAAGCACCUGGUUUCACCGGAUGAUUUCCCCUCUGAUAUUCGACUGAAAGACCUCCUGAAGGGGGCCCAGCAUCUUGAGGAUCUCGCUUAUGCGCAUCCUGACCGCAACCGUGUCUUUGGCAGUGCGGCACACAAUGCUACAGUUGACUAUCUCUAUCGCGAGUUGAAGAAGACGGGUUACUAUAAUGUGUAUAAGCAGCCACAGGUGCACACAUGGACUACUGCAAAGACCACGGUGACGCUCGAUGGCGAGGCUAUCGAUGCAAAGGCCAUGACAUACAGUCCCAGCGUUGAUGUUACCGCGGAGCUGGCAGUGGUCUCCAACCUCGGAUGCAGCGCAUCGGACUACCCGGCAGAUGCUGCUGGUAAAAUCGCCCUCGUGAAACGUGGGGAAUGUACUUUUGCAGACAAGUCGGUGGUUGGUGCAGCAGCCAAGGCAGCAGCAGUUCUUAUCUACAAUAACGAAGCAGGUUCUCUCUCUGGAACUCUGGGUGGAGUCACCAGUGAGCUUGGCCCUUAUGCUGCCAUUGCGGGAAUCACGGAUGUGGACGGCAAGGCCCUGAUCGAUGCGGCAGCAAAGGGCGCCGUGACUUUGGCUUAUAAACUCGACAGCAGAGCCGAAAACCGCACUACAUUCAAUGUGAUUGCAGAGACAAAGGGCGGUGAUCACAACAACGUCGUGUCGUUGGGAGGUCACACCGACUCAGUCGACGCCGGUCCGGGAAUCAACGAUGAUGGCUCUGGUAUUAUCAGCAACCUCGUGGUUGCAAAAGCGUUGACAAAAUACACUGUCAAGAACGCCGUCAGAUUCUGCUUCUGGACAGGAGAGGAGUUCGGCCUCUUGGGGAGCGAGUACUACACCUCACACCUUGACGAAAAGGAACUCGCAAAAAUCAGACUUUAUCUCAACUUCGAUAUGAUUGCCUCUCCCAACUACGCCCUCAUGAUCUACGAUGGUGAUGGAAACGCCUUCAACGAGACUGGACCUUCGGGUUCCGCCGAGAUUGAGCACAUGUUUGAGAAAUAUUUCAAAUCCAAGAAGCUACCGUUUAUUCCCACCGAGUUCGAUGGCCGAUCUGACUACGACGGUUUCAUCUCUCGUGGAAUUCCCGCCGGUGGGCUCUUCACUGGUGCUGAGGGCAUCAUGACCGAAGCAGAAGCAAAACUAUUCGGAGGUAAAGCAAAUGUAGCCUACGAUGUGAAUUACCAUGCCGCUGGGGAUGACAUGAAGAACCUCAACCACAAGGCAUUCCUUAUCAACUCCAAGGCUACGGCUUACGCUGUCGCAAAAUACGCCAACAGCCUCCACGGGUUCCCCAAACGUGUGGCACCCACUGAGGUGAAGAAAAGAGCACCCCGAGCGCAUGCUCACUCAAAGAAGGCCGGAUGUUUCCACUCUCAGGUCGAGAUCUAA